AUGGAAGCGGUUCUGCGACGGAGUAUUGGGCUUGUGCCGCUCCCUCCGCACCCACCGGCGCGAGCUUCAAAUGGCACAGUGGCACGUUUGAAUUUUACUCAGACCCAUUGGCAAAGCUGGCAAUUUUCAGUUUGUGCUCCUGUUGUGGCCCUGGCCAGCUUCAGCAGUCGGUCGAGCCGCGUGGCACGAGGACGGUGCCGAGUCCAUGCGGCAGCCAGCAACAAGACAGUUGCGAACAAACUAUCACUUCCACCUGGGAAGCCUGGUAAUGCAUUUCUUGAUUUACUUAAGUAUGUGAAAGACCCGGACGGCUUCAUCGCAACGCAAGUCAAAAAUUACGGGCCUGUAUUCCAGAUGAAUUAUUUCGGGCGCAAGACUGUAAUUGUUGGUGGUGCCGAUGGUGUACUGGGGUUCACUAGUGCAGAGAAGGAAAUCACCAAGUCGGCUCUGCCAGACACUUUCUCCCAGCUGCACACAGCGUAUGGUACCAUGAACCAAGCGGGCAAGAUCCACAAGUCUAGUCGUGUGAAUUUGAUCAGCGCUGCUUUGUGCGAGGAGGCGUUUGAUGCUUUCUUGCCUGUAAUCCGCAGGCGUUGCGUUGACUUCCUGGACUCUUUGGAGUCGAGGGGGACGUUCUUCCCGGCCCAAGAGUUCAAAGACUGGAGCGUGGCACUUUUUGCAGAGCUCUUCACGGGAAUCCCCUUUGAUGAUGAGAUGAAGAGGCUGCUCUAUACCUACAAUGAAGGCCUUUAUGGCCUGGUCCCCCUGAAGCUUCCCUUCACAGCUUUCGGCCGCGGAUUCAAGGCGAAGGACGAACUGGUGAAGAGGCUCCGGAAACAGAUUGAGGACCUUAAACGGACCGGCCAGAUAGAGGAGCCACAAUAUGCGGCGCUUAGGCGGCUGAUGAAGAGCAAAGAUGAGAAUGGUGAGCCCUGGAGCAUGGAUCAUGUGGCCACUUCUGCCAUGAUCAUGGUUUGGGGCGCCUACGUGGAGCUUGCAUCUUUGCUUGCCGACGCCAUCUACCUCACCGCCUCCUACCCUGAGGUGCGCGAGAAGGCCUUUGCGGAAGCGUCUGGGGCCCCAGCAGCCACCCAAAGCGAGUUGAAGAAGCUCCGCUACCUCCAGGGCAUCCUCGAUGAGACGCUCCGUGUGAAGCCUCCCAGUGGUGGCGGUUUUCGAUUGGCGGAGGAAGACCUUGAGAUUGCCGGAUACCGCAUACCCAAAGGCUUCGUGGUCUCCGCUGAUCCGCGCAUCACAAACAUGGAUCCGGAGCUGCACCCAGAUCCCUUGAGCUUCAAUCCAGACCGUUUUGUGGAGUGCCCCGCCACCUCCUUGCCCAAGGGCACUUGGUUUCCUGGCGGUAUUGGCCUCCACGGCUGCCCUGGCAUCCCUUUAGCUAUGCUCAUCUCCAAGGUCUUCUUAGCGGAUUUCGUUCAGCGCUUCAAAAACUGGCAGCCAACGAGCGCCAGCAAAGGCAAGGAAGGGUGGGUGACGAUACCAAUUCGCAUCCUUGGAGACAAGUAUGAGAUGGAGGUCACGAAGCGAUAA